UUCGACGCGGGAAGUUGUCACUUGUAGAAUGAGUUAGCACACACGCCGGAAGUAGAUUAGUCUGGCGUGGGAUCAGUGUGCAGCAAGAGUUUUGACACGUUCCCGCAGGCCUUUCAGUGAAUAUAUCUGCUUUUACCUCAAAUUCUACUUACAGGUAGAUCAUGAGUCUUCAGUGGACGGCUGUGGCAACGUUUCUGUAUGCUGAGGUGUUUGCGGUACUACUUUUGUGUGUCCCCUUCAUCUCCCCAAAACGAUGGAGCAGAUUUUUCAAGUCUAGACUGGUCGCUGUCAUCACAACAUAUGGAAACACUGCCUUCAUCGUCAUCAUUUGUAUUCUUGUCUUUCUGCUCAUAGAUGCAUUUAGAGAAGUGAGAAAAUACAGUGUGACAGAGAAAGUGGAUCUGAGCGACAACCCCGUGGCCAUUGAGCACAUGCACAUGAAGCUCUUCAGAGCCCAGAGGAACGAGUACAUCGCCGGCUUCGCCCUGCUCCUGUGUUUGCUGUUGAGACGUCUGGCAACUCUGCUGUCUCAGCAGGCUACACUGAUAGCCUCUAAUGAAGCCUUUAAAAAGCAGGCAGAGGGAGCAAAUGAUGCUGCAAAGAAGUACAUGGAGGAAAAUGAAAAACUGCAGGAGAAACUGCGGGACGCGGGCGUCGAAGUACCUGAAGUGGGUGGAAAGGCCAAGGGUGGCGUAGAGGAGGAUAAGAAAAAUCUGACAGAAGAGGUCAGGAAAUUGAAGGAUGAACUCGACUCAACAAAGACAGCUCUUCAGAAGUCAGACAGCGAUGUGAAGGCCAUGAAGAAGCAGGCUGAGAGCCUCACCGCAGAGUACGACCGUCUGCUGGAGGAGCACGGAAGACUGCAGGCCAAAUGUGACGCUCAACAGGACAAGAAGUCAGACUGAACGAAAACCGUCAUGCACCUGCUCUCUUUCCUGCAUCCUCAUUGGCUGAUAGCAGCUCAGCGCAUCACUUCUCUGGCUGUGUAAGAACAGGGUUCCGUUCUUCAUGCAUGCGCUUUCAUGUGAUUCAUUAAAGCCUCUGUAGGGUUUUCAUGCUCUGUAAUACCUUUUCUUUCCAUUUUUGUUGUAAACGUGAUGUUUAAAGUGUUUCGGUUAUAAAAUAUCAGUUUAGAAUGGAA